UGUAGUGCAGGUAGGGGGAGUAAGGAAGGAGAAACCCGGGCUUUUCCCGUCAUCAUCUCCUGCCCUGGCCCCUUACCUCUGGAAGUCCUGAGAGACUGGUCUAUAUGGGCAAGGAUCCGGAUUUUUCACUCGUAGUGGAUUGUAUUUGUUUUUCGCUCCUGUCCGCCGCUACGCUCCCAAACCUUCUGUGCAUGGCAGCCGGGUCGCAGCUCUCAGCGGAGCCCGGAUACGACCCAGUGCCGGGAACCAGGGAGGGGUACAGUCUGCAAAAGUCAAUCCUCUGAAAGAGCAUCCAGGGUAGCCCGGGUGGGGGAGUAAGGUUAGUCUGUUUUUCUUUUGCAUUGGGCAUUGGAUUGGAGUGGAGAGAAGAUGGGUCAUCUUUCAAGGGGAGGGGAUGCUCGAAAGGAGAGAAUUUGAAGAGACAGACCGGAUAUAACUGGAGGCCUGCGAGGUCCAUGCGUCACUGACCCAGAGGCGUUCCCUGCAGCAGCGCUUCAUGCCCCUGCAGCGCCCGGCCCCGUGAAGCCGCCCUGGUGUCCAGCAUGGCCACGCUGCUCCUGGGUGCGGUGCUGCUGAUGGCCCAGCCCCAGCUGGUGCCCUCCCGCCCCGCCGUUCCUGGGGCCGAAGCCUCUGGGCAGCCGGGCCAGCAGGAGCUUUUGCAGAAAGCGACGACCCUCCAGGACGACCUCAGAGACGGCCCGGCCCCCAACGGCUCCGUGCGGCAGCUGCCGCAGACCAUCAUCAUCGGCGUGCGCAAGGGCGGCACGCGCGCGCUGCUGGAGAUGCUCAGCCUGCACCCCGACGUGGCGGCCGCUGAGAACGAGGUGCACUUCUUCGACUGGGAGGAGCACUACAGCCAGGGGCUGGGCUGGUACCUCAGCCAGAUGCCCUUCUCCUACCCGCAUCAGCUCACGGUGGAAAAGACCCCCGCGUACUUCACGUCGCCCAAAGUGCCUGAGCGCGUGCACAGCAUGAACCCGGCCAUCCGGCUGCUGCUCAUCCUGCGAGACCCGUCGGAGCGCGUGCUGUCAGACUACACCCAGGUGUUCUACAACCACAUGCAGAAGCGCAAGCCGUACCCGUCCAUCGAGGAGUUCCUGGUGCGCGACGGCCGCCUCAACGUGGACUACAAGGCGCUCAACCGCAGCCUCUACCACGUGCACCUGCAGAACUGGCUGCGCUUCUUCCCGCUGCGCCGCAUCCACAUCGUCGACGGCGACCAGCUCAUCAGGGACCCCUUCCCGGAGAUCCAGAAGGUCGAGCGGUUCCUGAAGCUGUCGCCGCAGAUCAACGCCUCGAACUUCUAUUUUAACAAAACCAAGGGCUUCUACUGCCUGCGGGACGGCGGCCGGGACCGCUGCUUACACGAGUCCAAAGGCCGGGCGCACCCCCACGUCGAUCCCAAGCUGCUCAGUAAACUGCAUGAAUAUUUUCAUGAGCCAAAUAAGAAAUUCUUUCAGCUGGUCGGCAGGACAUUUGAGUGGCACUGAUUGGCAAUAAGCUAAGCUCUGAACUUUUCCUAUUGUAAGUUAUCGUGUACAUCUGGGGGGAUGGAAAAGGAAUUUUAAAAGGACAUUUAAGCUAUAAUUUAUUUGUAAAAUCCAUAAAUUACUUCUGUACAGUAUUAGAUUCACAAUGCCAUAUAUACUAGUUAUAUUUUUCUACUUGUUAAAUUGAGGGCAUUUUGUAUUGUUUUUCAAGGUUGUUAACAUUGUGUAAUAUGUCUCUAUAUGAAGGAACUAAAAUAUUUCCCUGCCAAAAAAAGAAAAAAAAGAUUUUUCUGGAGACCCUGUCUUUUUUUUUUUUUUUUUUUUUUGAUGUAAUUAACAUUCCCCCAACUCAAAAUAGCUGAGUUGCUCUUAUUGCAAAAAGGAAAAAAAAAAAGGAAAAAAGAUGUUUUUCAUUGCUCUUAUGCUUCUCUCUCCUCCCUCUCCUUUCUGUAUUGCUCUUUUAAUUUUUAAUGUCUUGACAUGGUCAUCAUAUUUAUUUUUUCCUUGCAUGGUAACUUUUCUGUUCACUGAGAUACCCUGUAUUCUUGGAGGUGAAAAUUUGGCCCAUUCCCGAAGUCAGCACGUUUUCCUGAGUGUUGAUUUUAACCCCUUGUAAAAUCAUAAUGGACAAGCAGUAUUUGGGGUGGGGAAGGAUUAAAUAACUAGCAAGAAGACUCCCUGUGCUUCAUCUUUGUCCCAGAGAGUAUUUGCAGCUCCUCACCUCAGCAAUAGCCAAACUACAUAAAGGUGAUAAACCCCUGAAGGCCUUCUCCAUGAUCUGUGUACUUUGCCCCAUGUGCCAUGGACUUUCUGAACGUCACUCAGAACAGAAAACAGGAAUUGCAAAAUCUAUAUGUGUCCCCAUCCUGCAGAUUUUGUAAAAAUGUGACAAAGGGGUAGCCUUUUGCUUAGACCGGGAGACUGUCUGUUUCU